AUGACAGACUACACAAUGAUGGGCGGUCCGCCGGUACCGCCGCCGGGACAACAUCAGCAACCACCGCCCGGCUCCAUGCCACAACAACAACGGUAUCCCGGGCAACCGAUGAACCCCUAUGAGCAGCACCAGCAUCAGAUGAUGAUGAUGCAACAACAACAGCACAUGCAUCAGAUGGCGCCUCCCGUGCAACCGCCAGUACCACCUCCGGCAGCUCCACCGCCAGCUAAAAAGCCACGUGGCAAGUCAANNGCACUUCGUAGAGACUCACGGCUCGGCGGAACGAUUGCUGGUGCUCCAAGAAGGUUAUCCAUCAAAUUAUUGGCAUGA